AUGUGCUUUCUCGCAACCCCAUCUGAAGCGGCGAUCAGUAUCUGGAUAAAGAGCAAUUGCCCUUCCUCCAUCUGGUUAUCUUGUCCGAUAGAGGUGACCCCCAAUGAUCGGUUUCUUGCGAUUCCGAAGCCUCACAAUCGAAUAAUCGUCAAACUUAGCAAACACCAACUCAACUCAGAAUCUCGACAGCAUCCAGCAUUCAUUAUGCGUCACCAAUCGUUCCUCACGCUACUGGCUACCGUCACGCUGCACGCAAGCGGAAUUGCAUCCCAUGGAGCUAAUUUGGCUUCUUCCAGCGUUCCACUGGAGCGUCCUCUGACUGAACUGUUCGAUUCAGUUGGUAAGAGGCAUCUGAAAGCUGAAGACGAUAACGAAUCGAUGGAUAGCGAAGAAAGGAUUGUAAAGACUGAAGCUGAAGCAGCAGUAUUUACGACUGCGGCAAAGGACUUGAAUCUUCAACAUAGUGAAAACAUAUUACCCCGAGCUGUAGAAGAAUUCGGUGCGAAAGUCGAAAGUGUAGAAGAGGCUCUGAAAAACAUGGAAACCAAAGCCCACCAAGUCCCAAAAAACGUUGAAGCAUCGGGUGAAGCCAAGUCAUCACCACCUCUCAAAGCGCCGAAAAAUGAUGACGCUGAAGUAACGGGAGAGGUCAGACCGCCAUCACCUUUCAGAUCGCCGGAUGAGAUCAAGGCGGACGCAAAGGCCAAAACAACGGAAGGCGAAAGUGUUCCUGAAAAAUUCAAGACUUCAGGAACGGCCAAAGCCAUCAAAGGCGAAGAAGCAGUCGAACAUCCGUCAGCUAUGAGGCGUGUUAUCAACUGGUUAAAGGACUUCAUCAACAGAAUUAUUGGUAUAUUCCGUUGGAAGAAAUCACAGCCAGAAUCAACACCUUCUACAAAAGAGAUCUCCGAGAUACCUUCUUUCCCUAAAAGCAUUCCGAAAGACACCACGGAUAUUAAGAUGACUGAAAGCAUCAAGACGACAACAUCAGAGAAAAAAGCUGAAGGAACUGCUGAAGGCUCCCCAUCAGUGGCCACGGGUGAAACUAUCAAUCCGACAACAUCAGAAACAAAAUCUCGAGGAACAUCCGAAGACACGCCUGCUGUUUCAAGUACUGUGAUUGCGGGCGAAAACGUCAAUCCAAAGGAUCAGAAACUGAAAGCAGAGCCUACACCUGGUGAGUCAACCGUGGUGGGAACAACUGAGACGUUAGUCCAUCCGCCUGCUCCCAAGCAACCAUCCUCAGGCACAAAUGAGGGCGCCGGACACGUUGGUAAUUCUGAAGCCAACACAAAUUCGGGGACUCUUCAUUCCCCGAAGAAAACUGAUGCUGAAGCCAACACGAAUUCCGAGACUUUUCAUUCCUCUACCAGUAUUGCAUUCCCGAAUACUGAUGCCGAAGCCAACACAAAUUCGGAGACUAUUCGAGCCUUUUCCAAAGGACCAUCCCAGAAGCGUCCUGAUACUGACCAUGUAUCAUCCUCGUCUCCCAAAAACCCAUCUCGCAUGUUGGAAAUGCGCACUUGA